AUGGGUGCAGCAGAUAUCUACCUUAGUCAGUGUGAUCACAUAAAUGGAGCUUCCCGUAAAACCCAUUUGGCGCAAUAUUUGAGGCCAGUGAAUGGCUCUGUACUUUGUAUUAGAAGCCAACUUUGCGCAUCGUAUUCAUACUCGCUUCACCUCAACUUUCCUGUCAUACUGCAAAGCGAGUUUGCCCUCCUACUGCCUUUGGCUCUCUAUCACAAAGAUAAUGUGGUGGUGAGUUUUUCGCACAAAAGUGCACGCCACGCUGAGGAUGGCCUAACUGACUUCUCAAUCGUUAGCGACGACUCCAAAUGCUCUUGCCAACCAGCGCCUCCCAAGUCAUCCUCAGAAAAGAUGCAUGCGUUCCUCUUUGGAGAUCAACCCGGCCAGGUCCGCCAGCUGCAUCAUCCAGGUGCAGAACUCGAUAUCCACUGCGACGUGGCCUGCCAUGAAAUGACCCUACGAGAGACCGUCGGCAACGACCCGCGCGCAAACCCAGCCGCGACACGAUACGACGUGCAUCUCAACCCGAAGAACUCGUGUCUUCUGAAUCUCGAAGGUCUUGCAGACAACUCCAUCAUGUUGACGGUCGAGAUACGAGAUGAAGCCUGUAAAACCCGCGGUCAUGGCUUGCGCUUGGAAACGAAAGCUUGGAGUUUUAGACCGACAUACACAGACAGCAAACUACACAAUGAAUUUUAUCUAUGCGAUUGGCCCAGGAUGAUCCUUCGGAUACACCUUCCAGAGAGCCGGUUCUGGGGUUGGAAGACUGUAGCAAUGCUGCUUGUGACAUUUGAACGGCUCACUUGGGAUGGUUUGCGCAUCGUCGCGGAUAUCAAAGACAUGACUCUGGCGGAUCUCAAUUGGCGGCAGAUCGAACAGAGUAUGCGGAAUGGGAGCAAAAGGAAUGUAUUGGCCAGGGAAAUGACCAGGGAAGAGAGGAUGAAAAGUGAGCGUGCUGUAGAGCCAGGCCCUUAUGAAUUGUGGUUCUAG